UAUUCUGUGGACUGUGAUUGGCAUCCUAAAAUCAACAAAUUGGGAUAAAUAUAUGAUAAACAAUCAUGAAAAAAAUUGUUUAAAGAGUAUUCUGAUCAAAUUUUUAAUUAGUUCAUAAGUAUUCCAGUGAUAUAUUUUAUAAUUAUUUAAAAUGGAUGUUUUUCUUAUGAUACGAAGAAAAAAACUAACAAUAUUUACUGAUGCAAAAGAUACAACAACAGUAUUGGAAUUAAAAAAAAUGAUCGAAGGUAUCCUAAAAGUACCAGUCAGAAAUCAAAAACUUUUCAAUAGAGAAAAUAAUGUUAUGGAAGAUGAAAAGCAGCUUCAGGAUUAUGGUCUCACAUCGAAUACAGCCAAAGCUCAAAAUCCAGCUACAAUUGGUUUAGCAGUAAGGGAUGAUAAUGGACCCUUUGAAGCCUUGGAAUUAACUCCAUAUUCUGCUCCACCUGAUUUACCUGACGUCAUGAAGACCCCCGAGACCAAUGGUCAAGAGCAAUCGGCUUAAUUGUGAUGUUAAUUUUUUGAACAUUACGCAUUUAAAUUGAGUUGAGUUUAUGCAUCAUUACAUUAAUUUAUUGUUCCAAAAAAAACAAGUUACCAAUAAAUUGAUUUUUUUAUAACUCAGCAAUUGAUAGGCAAGAAUUGUAUUUUUUCUCAUCAAUAAAUGAAUAAAUUUCGUGGGUGAAGUUACAAAAGAAAAGUUAUUUUAUUGAAAUAAUGAUUAUACUUCAGCAUCUAUACUGAAGUAAGCUUUUUGACAAUCUAGUUAAAGAGAAGUGUGAAGCCUGUAGUUUAGAAGGAUUAAAGACUGAACGGCAUCCAAUUUUGAGUCUCAGGAGAACAAAAUUGCUUGACCUCUAUAUUAAUGGAAAUUUUUUGUAAUACUGUGGAAGUGUUUCAAUUUGUAUCGCCUUGCAUAUCUUAGUGCUUUACAAAACAAGUAAACUUAAGGAAGACAUUUUCUAAAGUAUAUUCACUAAAUUGAAUUAAGUUUUUAACCUCUAAAAUAUUUGAAAAAAAAAAGGUAUUUGAAAGAUAUCUCAUGUUGAAGUUCAUUUUUAAGAAAAUCCUAUUUCACUAUCCUUUUCCUUUAAUUUGGAGAAAUCAAAGGUCGGUAAUUUGUGACAUGUUCAGUGAAAAUCAGUUUUUCUUUAGUAGUUUUAAGUUUGUGAAACAGUUGUCGAAGGAUUGAAUAAAUAUGAUUUAUUAUU